UCGACGUGGCUUGUUCCGCGCGGUGCUGCUCGCGUGCCGCGCAAACUACUUUUCCCCUCGCGCGCGACUCUGACCCAUUUAACGGGACUUCCGGGGCGCCACGGCCGCGAGUCUCGUCGCCACCCCGGAAAGAGCUACCCUGGCCACGGUGCCCGAAGAAGAGGGCGGGGAAAGAAGCUGGUCGAGUCCACGGGGGCGCUCCUCGCGCCAAGGUCUUUUGUUCGGCGGUGCGUCGCGACGUUCGGCGUCUCGCGCCACGGCCUGCUUAUAAGGCUCGCUCGACCGAAACCGGACCUUCCGCGGGGGACGGAGACGGAGCGAGGCCGACGGAGACCCACCCCGAGGCUCUCGGCUCCAAGGUCCGUUCAACCUCGCAGGAGCGCGCGCGCCGCCAUCUCGGGGCUGGCGGGGUCCAGUCCAAGGCUCGUGGAACCCGCAGAGCCUGGCGAGCUCGGCCCAAGGCUCGUGGAGUCUCCAGGAGUGCCCGGGCGACGCGCAGUCCCGCUCACCGAUCUCGGUGCUCUUCCAAGGUCCAUCGAUAAGCCACGCCGAAGAGGCAGUUACGCUUAUCGAGGGAUUCUCAACGACAAGUGGAGUCGCUAGGAGGGUUACGCCAUUACGCCGAAUCAACGAGCCCGGUUACCCACCCCUUCCGCUUCGGCAACCGCGAGAGUGCUGGGGCGACGUAUCCAGGCUCGCGCACGCAAACUCGCGUCCGGAAAGAUCGCGGAUACGCUCCCGAGGUAUAUAUCGAGGAUCCUCCGGGGGGCGGCGCGCCAUUGUUCGGCCUCUCCUACGCGCGGACGGUCUCGGCGUCUCGAGAGCCGCGCGCGCGGCUUUUGUUCGAGCCUCGAGCCGGACCGCGAGGCGCGCGCGGUCGGGUCACUCCGAGCGGAGCCCCAGUGGCGCAGUCGAGGCGCGACCGGCCCCCGCGCAGGUUCGAGGAGAGCGAUCCCGGGUGCGGCUGGUACCGUACAAGUGAGGUUAGGUGAGAGCUAUCGCGGGCCCAAGCACGCGGCCCGCCCCAUCGUGCCCCGGAUAUACAUAUAUAUAUACUUAUAUAUAUCGACGCUCGUGUGCCAGUGUGAACAGGUAGUGCCGCGGACAAAGGGGAAAGAGCUCAUCGACGGCGGGAGAUGCGCCAGCCUCGGGUCGAUGGUAGUCGAAUAAUGUUAACGGCCGCCUCGAUCGGGCAAGUAUGCCACCGGUGUUAGGAGGCGCGGCUAUGGCGGUCCUUCCGGCGAGCCCGCAAACGGCCACCCAGGGAACCCCGCACCCGCACCCCCAGGCCCAGACCCAGGUCCUGCCCUCGGCAGGCGCCGGCCAGGCACAGCCGCAGCUGCUCUACCAGCCCUACAACCUCGUAAACGCCCCAGGGCCCGCCCCGGCCGGCUCGCCAGCCCAGCCCGGACACUUCCACCACCUACACCACAACCACCACCACCAUCACGCUCUGCACCAGCCGACCCACCACCAACACCAGAUACUACACCACCCUGCCGCCCAGCAGAGCUUCCUGCCGGACGCGCCGAGCGCGACCGCGCAACCACUGGAGCGCCGCGAGGCGGAAGUGCGGGAACUGGAGAAGCGGGAACGGGAGGCCAAGAUGGAGCGGGAAAGACUGGAAAAACAGAGGGCGGCGGAACAGGCGGUUCACAAGCACUUCGAGGAGUCCCUCAGGCUAGCCCAGCAGAAGGUGAGUCUGGUUUACUGCGCACUUCCGGUUACCGGGAACGCGCCCCCCUUUAUCCGAGUUUCUCUUUUUUUCUUCCUCCGCCCGGGGUGACCCGAAGAAAGAAAGAAAUUCUUUCCCCGCGUCACGAUUAAGAUCCCAUUAGUAAAUCUGAAAACACGUUAACCUUACCGCGCACGGCAAUGCGACAUAGGCAUUUCCGGUAUCCGAGUCCUAACCUCAAAUGUAACGAACGGCCGAGUAUUAUAGGAGGAAAAGCAAGAACUUUAUUCAAAACAGUCUUCCAACUGUCCAAAGCCUCUAUACGACAAAUAACAUACAACAUUCGGGGGAUACAAAGUACAAAGCGUCGUAUAUUACAAUACUGACUUAGAAGAAACCUUUGAAAAUACACGUGUACAUAAAUACAAUUCUUCUCGGAU